AUGCAGUACCAGGAUGCGUGCCUCUUCCUCUACUACUACACCCUCUACCGCAGCGCGAAUAUGGGCCUCGCGGGCGCCCUGCCCAUGGCCACCAUCAUCUUCGCCUGCGUCUGCUGGCUGAUUGUGCCCGCGCUCUUUGCGCCGUACCCGACCUGGAAGAACCUUUGCGAGGAUGUGGAGACCUUCUACCACUUCAUGAUGCGCUGCCCGGCAGACCGCAGCCGGGCAGAGCUCUACCACACCAGGAUGUGGAUCACGCUGUCUGCCAGUGGGAACAAGCCUGCGCAGGAUGUGCCAAAAGCCGGAUCCAAGGGCCAGCCUGGAAACUUAUUCGAGGUGCUGCUGCAAGCGGCGCUGGAGCAGGACACGAGGUUCAACUACCGCUUCUCAGAUGACUGCAUGUCGCUUCUUUGGAGCGUAGCUCGGACGACGAUCCUGUUUGCCAUGCUGCCAUCCUCCACGAUCGAGGCCACCGAGUUCUGCCUCUUCAUGUGGGUCGUCCAUGCCUUCCUUGUCCUGGCCUUCGGGGUCUUUGUGGACUUGCUCUGGAUCGCGGUGUGCUUGCUGUUCUUCCUCCUGCUCUUCGCCAAAGCCACGUCCUUCUCGACCAUCCUCCUUGCCGGCAUGCUCUUCUUCUCCUUCCUCGACACGGUGUCGAAGCUUCUGCUCUUCUUGAGCCGCCGCUGGCGGAAGCUUCCGGGUCGGGGCAGGCCGGUCACUGCGAAGAACGUCCGAGUAGGCAUGAAGGUGCUGCCGGGCAAGGACUGGAUGUACGACAUGAAGAAGGAUGAUGCCAAGCAGAAUGCAGCUUCAGGGUGUAGCAUGGUCGGAACCGUCACCAACUGCGAUGACUGCCAGGAGCUGGGGUACUGCGAGGUUCUUUGGGUCAAUGGCUCAGAGGGCCGCUACCGUAUCACCACCUCUUGGCAGACGGCAUCAGACCUCCGCCGCCAUCCAGACUGGUAUGCGGUUUGCGUGGAAGCCACCGUGCUCAUGUUCGGCAACUACCACCUCAACCUCUUCGUCAGCUUCGUCGCGCUCGCCUCGCACUGCGCCAUUGCCGUGGUCCUGAUCGCUCUGGACAGCAACUGGUUCGGCAACUGGCAUGCCAAGAUGAUGCGGAUGCCCACACGGGUCGAGAUGGAUUCGGCACACACGAUCGAGGGAGCUGCAAAGCACGGCUCGGUCGGCGCGCCCCCGAUUGCCAUGACGGAACUCCAAGACGAGAUCGUCAUCGAGGAUCUGAAGCGCGAGCCGUGGGCCAAGCGAGAACUGAAGCCCAAGUCCGAUCCCAUGCCGCCCGCCUGCAUCAUCGACGAUCCCGCCUACAGGGGCGCGGAGUGGAAGGAGGUCUGCCGAGUGAAGCUGAGGAAGGUGGCGAGCAAGGCCUCGGUGACAAAGCUCCGCAAGGACUACGGCAUCGUGGCGGUGGCGGUGGAAAGUCGGGAUGGCCUGGAGUGUGGCCUGGACGUGCCACUUCAAGUGGGCGGAUCCGUCCUGUUCGGCUUCGAGAAUGGGAUCGAGAACUUUGAAAAACUUCGUGGGCUGAUUGGUUUGACGGAGGAGGACGAGGACCCUCGGGACAGUGUGGAGCGAGUCUGGUUGCCCGUGUACAAGUUCGAGGUCCCGCAGGCCCUGGCGGGCGUACCGUGGUCGCAGCGCUCCGGGAGCAUGAUGCUGGACGACAAGGACAACAACGUCGACUCCGCGGUAGGGGCUGCACAUCGGCGCGAGCUUGCCGAGAUGAGUGACGAGGAGGACCUGCACCUCCUCAGCCAGGUCAAGCUCCUGGGAAGGGUCGGGCCAACGAAGUCCGCGCCGCCCGCCUUCACGCCGGCAUCGGCGAUGACACCGGCGGUCACGCCUGCGGCGCGCACGCCGGCGACGCUGACGCCACAAUCCAGGACCAAGACCCCAGAGACGACGCCAAAGCGAAACCAAGCCCCGGGGAGGAAGGGCGCCCGGAUGCCCAAGGUGCCAGAGCUGCGCGCUCCGGAGAUGUGCGGCAUCGUGCGGGCAGAGGGGAAGACCCAGUGGUUCCCCUCCGUGGACGAGGUCCUAGAUGAAGGUGACCUCAUGAUCUUGUCCCAGGGUAGCGUGCGAAACUUCGCCAUGCUUCGGGCCAAGGGGCUCUUUGGCCAGCAUUGCGUCGGGGCCGGCUUCAAGAUGGUCUACACCCUGGACCUGCCAGGUCGCCGCAGGAAGUCCAGGGCCAACGGGCUUCCCCUCGCGUCGCCCAUGAGCUGCUCAGAAUGGCGAAGUUCCGAGUUCGAGGGGGACUAUGACGAGUUCAACAAGGAGAUCGAAGAUUGUUUUGUCUCCUGCUUCGAGUUUGCGAAGCUCUUCGUCAUGCACUUUCUGGGCCCAGAGCACUCCCUCCAGCUGGCAUCCGCCUCAAAGGGCUGCUACCGGGCCUCUCGCAUGCCGAACCUUUGGCCUCAUGCUGCUGCAUACGGCAUCGUCACGAUGAUGGUCGAGCAGGAUGAAAUCACCAACAAGGCGCUGCUCAUGUUCGGCUUUGCCGACGACGUGCCACACGAGAAGGGCCUCAGCCUUUUCUGCGGGUUCAAGAAGAAGGAGGACCUGGAUCGCUGUAUUGGCACGAGAUGGGUGCCGGUGUUCAACUUCCGGGUACCCGACAUCUGGGUGAACAUCAGCGUUUGGGAAGUGCUCCAGGACGAAGAGCUGUCGGUCUGUGGAAUCUAUCGGCGUGGCUCGGACGUGGCCCGCGAGCUCUGGUUCCCAGGCAUCAAUGAGAAGUUUGAGGAGCAUGACGAGGUCGUGCUGACACUGUCGAGCGCCAUGAUCUUCGCCGAGAAGUACCUGGACGGUGCGAAAGGCCUCGCUACGCAUGCGGGCUCCGUCAUCGAUGCACGAAAACUGCACCAGCACUACCUGAGCUUCAUGUGGGCCUGGGAGAACAAGUCCCACGAAGACCUGGAGCUCGACCUAGAGUUGGAGCUGGACGCCCGUGCCAACCGCCACGCAAUGGUCCGCAUUUGA